AUGUCUAAUCUAACCAUCCCACCAAACUACAUAUCUGAUUUGGAUUGGGAUUGCUAUUACGCAUCAAACGAAAGCGAUGCCAAUAUGACAGGUUGUAUGUUUAACAAUGUUGAUGACUUUAGUGACCAGAAGGAUCCCGCGUACUACUCUAUGAAAUACCAAAUAGUAGGCACUUUCUUCCAAGGGAUAGUUCUCAUAGUUGGAAUUCUCGGCAACAUAAUGGUUGUGAUAGUGGUUACCCGUACUCGAAGCAUGCAUACUCCAACAAACUGCUACUUAGUCAGUCUGUCCAUUGCCGAUUUUAUGACCUUGCUGGCUUCUGUACCAAAUGAGAUACUUGCCUACUAUCUGCUGGGAGACGAAUGGAUAUGGGGCAGGGUAGGAUGUGCCCUCUUCAUAUAUCUGCAAUACUUGGGUAUCAAUGUAUCGUCGUUAUCCAUAACAGCUUUUACGGUGGAGCGAUAUAUCGCAAUUUGCCAUCCGAUGCGGGCACAAAUAGUCUGCACAGUGAGUCGUGCGAAAAAGAUUAUUGUGGGAGCAUGGAUCUUUGCCUGUCUUUACUGUUCCCCAUGGCUGUUUCUGACGAAGAUAAAACCACUCAAAUACAAAGGCAUGGAGGUUCGAGAAACAUGUACUUUUGCAUUGUCUCGUGAAAAUUAUUUGGGAUAUUUCUUCACAGAUUUGGUUCUCUUCUACAUUUUACCGCUACUGCUGUCGAUGGUGUUGUACGGGCUGAUUGCAAGGGUCCUCUUCUCGAGAGAUAUACAGAAGUCUGGAUCAGAUGGAAAUGCUAAUGGAAUGGUUUCUCCACACGAGUCAAAAAAGUCUUGUUCUAACAAUGGAACAAGUGCCAGAGCACAGGUAGUGAAGAUGUUGGCCGUAGUCGUUGCUGUGUUCGCUACGCUUUGGCUUCCAUAUCGAGUUCUGGUUGUGUAUAAUUCAUUUGCUAAGCAUCGUUAUAUGGAGCUAUGGUUUCUGAUGUUUUGCAAGACCAUGAUUUUUAUCAAUAGCGCCAUUAAUCCCAUCCUUUAUAACGUUAUGUCCAUUAAGUUUCGGAGAGCGUUUAAGAGAAUGCUGUCCUGCGGCAAGACAGAAAAAAAAUUUAAGGGACCAUAUAUCAGCGUGGCCGGAUCCGUCGUAAGACGACAGCACCAGACUGUGACGUCACAAAUCACCUCAUGCACCGUGGAACAACUUCAACAGUUACUGUGAUUCUUUCUAACACUAAUGAAUAUUUAUUAUGUUUGUGUUCUAGUAGUUUCCAUAAAAUGUGUGUUGUAAUGUGUGAUGGAAACUAAGACAUUAACUGCACAAUUUUCUGCGUUUUGUUUCAUAAAUAUAAAAAAAAUCUACUUGCCAUCAUCUUUGAUAGAAGAAAAGUUAUGUUCAUAUAAAAAAAAGUGUACACAAUUUCAGGCUCAAAUUUUUUAAAAGCACGAAAAUUUCUACACGG